CCCGCACGCCAUCUACCGACUGGCCGGCGUCACCGGAGCGGCGUUGGCGGCGGUGUGACCGAGGACGGCUCCCGGGCGCCGAGCAGUUCCCGCUCGGAGCCGACGGGGAACGCCCGUCAGAGUGCGGCGAGAUGCAGUGGACGGCGGCAGUGGUGUUGGUGCUGGCAGCGGGCCUGACGCUCCGCCCGCCCGGCCCCGUCAGCGCCAAGAAACCGCGACACUUGGCAGCGGAGGCACAGAGUCAGUUCGGCCUGGACAUGUAUAAGACGAUGACCGAGCACGACAAGUCGGGCAACCUGUUCUUCUCGCCUCUGAGCAUCGGCACGGCGCUGGCCAUGACGUACGCCGGCAGUGGCGGCAACACCAGCGCCCAGAUGGAGAGCGUGAUGAACUUUGGCCAGCGACGCUCCUCCGUGAUGCGCGCUCAUAGAGCGCUCCUGCGCAGGAUUAAGAGGCGCUACAGCAGCGUCGCACUGCGCAUGACGAACCGGCUGUACGUGGCGCGCCGGAUGCGGCUGCGAGGCCGGUUCUCUCGCUUCAUGGAUCGUAUAUUCGGCGCCGAGAUCAAACAGCUGGCCUUCAAUCGGCCGCAGGAGGCGGCCAGCGCCAUCAACAGCCGCGUCAGCGAGGAUACUAACGGCACCAUCAGCACGCUCGUGGAGCCGUAUAUGAUCAACGGCGCCACGCGACUGGUCUUGGUAAACGCCGUCUACUUCAAGGGUGACUGGCUGUCCAAGUUCGACCGGGCCAGCACCGUGCCGGGCACGUUCCACGCCCCGGACGGCGAUCGGGCCGUGCAGAUGAUGCAGACCAAGCAGCCGUUCCCCGUCGGGCGGCUGCCCAAGCUGAAGGCCCGCGUCCUCCUGCUGCCCUACAAGGGCAACAAGAUCCACAUGAUGAUCAUUCUGCCGUUCAGAAAGGAUGGAAUGGCCACCCUGGAGAGGGGCCUGGCCAAAACCAGUCUUCAAGAGGUGUUCCAGGCAGCCAAGAAGCCCGAUCGCGCCUUCAACAUCAAAAUGCCCAGGUUCAAACUUGACGAAAGGAUCGACCUGAAGCGCGUCCUUCACACAAUGGGCCUGAAGGACCUGUUUGACCCUGGCAAAGCUGACCUGAGCCGGAUCAGCCGCGGCGGCAACCUGCACGUGACCGACGCCAUCCACAAGGCCGUCAUCGAGGUCAACGAGGAGGGUACCGUGGCGUCGGCGGUCACCGCCAUCAAGAUCGGUUACCGGAGGCUGGGGCCCAAGCCGCCGCCGUUCGUCGUGGACCGGCCGUUCUUCUUCGCGCUGUUCGACGCUGGGACUGGACUCACCCUGUUCGUGGGACGGGUCAUGGACCCCACGCUGUGACUGCAGACACCAACAACGGGGCCUGGGAGUGGCCGGGUCCGCUGAGCUUGACACGGCGCUUUGUGCUCCACAGCUUAUCGGUGAAAUCGGAGCGCCCAGUGGGCUAUGGAAUCUCCGAACGGGCAUUUGAGCUUCUAAAUGUUUUCGCUGGCAUGCGAUCAACCGAGUUUCGGUUGAAUGUCAUGACGCACUUAUUUAGGUAUAACACUCAUGAGUGGUAAUAAUGCCCGUGUGCAUGAUAGUUUUAAGAUGGCACGGGACAUAUGUGGACAAUGGCGGGCCAUAUGAACCUCAGAGGUUCAUGUCAUUGGUAGGUAACUGAAGCAUAUGCCGGGCUAGUUUGUACCUGAAAGGUGCCAAUUACUAGGUCAGACGAUAUCAAGCAACGUGCGCUAUUAGCAUUGUUCACUAAUUAGCUAUCUAAUCCAAAUGACAUUGUUCAACGCCCUGACAUUAUCGAUCUAACAGUUAUCAUGGUCUGACUAAGUCACUUCAUCGUAUAUUUCUACUCUCACGCAAUUUUAUCGUGCAUGGCUAUGUCGCUGUUCGCCUUAGCUACCAUAAAAAUGGUGCUGUAACUGUACUAGUUGAGGCCUGUAAACGGACUGUGUGAGCCCUUCAGCUACAUCUUUCUACCAGCUUGCCGUAUAUCUCAUGAACAGGGAUGUUGGAAAAAAUUUGUCGCGGAUACCUGCUCACUCGUAGCUACAAUUUGCUCACUUGAAAGACGUACCGAUACUUGGCGCCUGGUAACGGAGCUAGCUACGUUGUGCUGCAUUUUAUUUUACAAAUAAAUUGAUUUAUCUUACAUCA